AUGUUGUUUCCGAUUCACCAGUUGUUCGUGUGUUUGCGAGGAAAGCUCCUGAUGAUCACAGUAAAGCUGAAUCUGAUCUGUCUGGCCACUGGUUUCUACCCCAGAGAUAUUGAGAUGAACAUCAGAUUGGACGAAUCUGUUCUUGUGAACCAAACAUCUUCUGGAAUCAGACCCAAUGAUGAUGGAUCCUUUCAGAUGAGAACCAGUGUGAAGAUCGAUGCAAAUCACAAUGGGAUUUAUGACUGUCUGGUCAAACACAGCAACCUGACUCAGGCACAACCGAUUAAAACAGUUUAUCACCAGAUAUUAAGUGCAGAAUCUCAGCAGUGGUCUCUUAUAAUGGGAAUAAAAGUAACAGCAGCUGUAGUUAUAUUUCUCCUUUUGAUUGGUUACUGCAUCUACCGAAAAAUUCAAAUGCUCUGAUGAGAAGUUACCCAGUUAAGUUGGAGUGAUUGUUCAGAUCCCCGGUCCAGCGAGUGAGAGUAACGUUUCAAAGCAUCAAAAGUGCUUAGACACAUUUUGUUCACUAUUAUUAGCAGUUGCACACAUAACCUAAAAGAUCAAUGUUACAGUGUAACACUCUUCAGUGCAAUACAUCAUCUACAGUUCUGUACGUGUUAUUAUUGUGGAACACUAUAGUGAUAUACAUACUGUAUACAGAUCCUGUAACUUGAAUAAUUAUGAUCAUGGUGCUAGCUGUAAUCCUAGCUUUAGCUCAGGGAUCUAAUAUAUAAGUGUUUGACACAUACAAAAGAUGCAAGUUUGUAAAAUGCAUUGUGUUCUGUGUGUAAUAUCAUGAAUAAAUGUAUGACGUGUGAGUGUGUGUUUAUGUA